AUGCCUUCUCUCUACAGCAAGGUCAAGGAAAAGUUGACCAGCAACUCGGAAAACGACGAGAGGUUGUCACGCACCAAUUCACUUCGAUCGUCGCUUUCACGUACGCUUUCCAGGAAAGACAAGAGGAGAUCCUCAGGGGGUGAGAACAGAUUCGAUAUAAAGAGCACUGACUCGAGACCGGACUCCGAAGUAGCCCUGUCGCCUGGUUUCAGACCGCAAAAGGUAGAAGCAGCCGCUGCAGAUGCUACAGCUGUGGACACAACGACUGAUGAAGCCUCAAAUGACGUUGGAACUAAGGAACCACAUGAGGCAGGCAAGCAGACAGCAAUCCCACCAGAAAGGGCAGAGACAGAGGCACUGGCGCCUAUCACAACAGGAAACGCAGUUGUUUAUGAAGGGUCACUGAAACAUACUCAAAAAUCCCAGCAGAAUGGGUCAAUUGGCCAGAGCAAGAGUAGUCAGGAAUUCAAUCAUGAGGUUUCUGAUAACGAGAGAAUCCAGAAGUACAAAGACAACCGAAUGGAACACACAACGAACGAGACCCAUGACUUACAGGCCCCAAUAGUGGCCACUACGCUCUCAGAUCCUUCUGCGCAACUUGACGGAACCACGGCUCCUGAGGUCUCAUCACAAAUCAAGAUUGCUCCACAUCUCAUCCAAGCAAGCUCUACACCUCUCCAGGAAACCCAAGGGGCAUAUGUGAAUGACUCUGAUUCUCAUGUUUCCAUCAAUUCCGACCUUCCACCUUCCGAACACUCGCCUCUUUUGUCCAACAGUGUAGCAGGCUACACAGACCUCGAGAAUUGGGGUGGGCGUGACGACGGAGAGACUUUCCACAACAGAAACAGCGUAUUAGGUCAAAUUUACGACUACUUAUUCCGGAAGAAUCCAUGGUCCACUUUUUCAAUUGUGUUUCUAUUAGUGUUAUUAUGUGUGAUAACAGUAAGCACAAUUUCACAGAUCGAAACGUUAUUAAAUCAGGCAGUGCUGCCAGAUCUACAGAGCGUUUCUGUACUUGAUGUAACCGACUCAGGGAUGUCUGUCCACGUCAUUGGAUCCAUCUAUGUGGAAUAUGAGCAAAUUUCUAACUAUUUCUAUAGGAACACUCUAAAGCUUGCUGGCCUCCUCAUCGGAGGAGUGACCGUGGUACCAAAGCGAGAAUGCCUGGUGUUUGUCAGCACUAAUGGGCUCCCUAACAAGCACGUUCUUGAUAUCUUUCCUCCCGAAUUGUCCGUGGAUCUUAUAGACCGCCGAAUCACUGAAAUUGACUUCAUCAGUGAAGCCGAGUUCAUGCAGCAUGAAAUUAUAGAAUUUGCACGGUCACUUACACUGAUUAACCGCCUGGAGCCCUUGCCACUAGAUAUUGAAGUGGUGGUGGACUCGAGAAUCAUUUCCAAGUUUUUUCACUAUAAUACCCAACCGAUGAGCAUUUAUCAACAUAUUGAGUUGCUGCCAGGUGACAUGGAAAUUCCCAUCCAAAUCGAUGAUUUAGAUGUGAACAUGGGAAAAUCAUCCGUGUCAUUAGAGGUGGUCGCUUCUACAGUGAAGGUGCUUCCACUUAAAUUUGAGAUCAACAGCAUCGAAUGGGAUAUCGCACUUCCAAAUUGCCAGAAAGAGCCAAAAAUACUAGGCGAGUGGAUCUCAGAUGCUGUUGAGUUUCUACCGAAUGAGCGCACAGUUUUUCUGGUUCAUGGUAAUGUGAAAGAAGUUCCUAAACCAUUGCUUGAAGUUUGCCUGGAUGGACUCUCGCCAUUCAACAAGUUCACCAACAAAUUGAUUGGAGAAAAUACAUUGAGCGUUCUAGCAAAGGUCCGGAAGUCUAGGGCCAACGAAGAGGCUUUGCCUCCCUGGCUCUAUAAUAUUCUUUCCUCAACAUUUUAUCCUCUCGAUACUCCAGUCCCAACAUCGGAUAUUGAUUAUUCGAACUUGGUCUUGAACUAUACGGUGGAUGGAGUCUCAAUAGUAGUACCAAGCAAAAAAAGGGGACUCUCCGCUCAAAUGGCAGCAAACAUGACUGUUGAUCUACAGCUACCUUUCAAAGCCACAAACAUCAACGCUUCAAUUUCAGAAGUUGUGGCAACACUUGACAUUUUGGAUGAUUCCGAUGAAACUCUUGAAGUUAUGAUUGAAGGAAAUAAUCAUUUUGAUUUGCAUUAUCCUGACAACUCACUAAACGGCACAGUUACGAUUAAUGCUAGCAAUGUUGAAUUGCAAGUAUUGAGUCCAGAGGAGGUUGGAGGUUUGCUCAAUGACAUUCUCAACAACUUGAACGUUGACGUGCCACUGUGGAAUUUGAAUCUUGAACUGGCUUUGUUGAACCUGCCCAUUGUUUCGACCACCAUUCGCCAUUUAAAGUUGACGCACCGUAACAUUAAGUUCAACUCAAUGAACAACGACGGUGAAGAUUACCUCGAUUGGCUUAUUAGGGCGAUCGAUCUCCGUAUUGACGAAAUCCUCUACGUGAACUCGAAUAAGACUCACAUUGACUUGCUUGUGGACUUCAAAGUCACAAAUCCCUUUAAUUUUCUGUUGAGGGUUCCUGAUGACAUACUCAGAUUCGACUAUUUUUAUAAUGGAACUUCCAUAGGGACAGUUGCGGUUCGUGAUGUUUCCAUUCUUUCAGGUGCGAAAGACUACGAUAUGAGCGUUUGGAUGUCAAUUUCAUGCCAGGAUACAAAGCAGCGAAUCUUCGCUGAGGAAUUUAUCAGUAAGGUGAUUUCUGCUGCUGAUGGCACUCGAUUAAGUGUCAGUGGACAUAGGCCAGCAUCCAAGAAUAACCCAUUUUUGAGCACAUUACUUGAGCAGAUUAAGCUUGACGAAUUAAGGGUUCCUGUGAUCAGGUUUGGAGAUGAUAAUGAUGAUGAUGACGACGACGUUGGUAGAAGAUCAGAUGAUUCCGAAGACGGACAACCUCGGAAAAGUCCCUUUCUCAUUGAUGCUACUAUUCAUGUUUUGACUUCGGAAAUAGAGAUAACAGUGUUCAAUCCAUUGGCGAAUGUCGAAAUCAUGGCCGAAAUUUUAAAAUGCCAGGCAUCCUACAAGGGAGAGAUGUUGGCGUACAUUGACCGAUCUGAAUUGAUGCUUAUUCCUCCAGGAAUAUACAAAAGUCCUCGUAUUCCUAUUAAGAUUUCGCAAGGAAUCGGAUCGGAUAUACUUCGUCGGGCCAUGAAUGGAAAUUUAUUUGUGGAAGUUACUGCUGAUCUUGGGGUUCGCAUUGAUAAGUUUUCCAUGCAACUAUUAUAUCAUGGAAGUGGGCUAAGUGCCACUAUUAAGCUAUAG